ACACCGGAAGCCGGUUCAUUAUAACCGGCGUUUACCCAACGUCCAAGUUGGGAUGAAAUACAACUGUCUUUGAAAAAAGAAAUUCUUGGUCUUACCCAUAUUGUAGACAGGGCUUGGAAGAUAAAAAUGCCUAGAGAUAGCAGAUCCUAUAGACGGAGGUCCCGAUCGAGGAGUUUAUCCCGUGAGCGCAGCAGAAGAAAAAGAAGUAGGUCCCGCACCCCUAUACGGUCUAGGGAAAGGGAGCGAUUAAGACGCUCACGAUCGCGAGACAGAGAACGUAAGAGAUCAAGAAGCAGGUCGAGGGAUCGUGACACAAAGAGAGACAGGAGAAAACGAUCCCGUUCAAAAGAAAAGGAUAGGAAACGAGAGAAGAAGUCAAAAUCCAGAUCCCCUGAGAAGAAAGUAAAGAGCCCGUCUCCUAGUGCUGAAAAGGUUCUCCACAGAGAAGGAGAAUUAAGGGUUAAAGAUGAACCACUCAACAAGGAAGAGGAGCAGAAGCGCCUUGAGGUGGAGAUGCAGAAGCGACGAGAACGUAUCGAGAAAUGGCGAGCAGAGCGCAAAAAGAAACAGGAACUGUUGCCCAUUAACAUCACUCCCCCCAUGAAGAAGUGGACGCUGGAGGACGAUGAUGAAGAUGAAGAUGAAGUUGUGCAGGAGAAUGAUAAGGAUGAUGAAAAUGAAGUUGACCCACUUGAUGCCUUCAUGCAGGCAGUGACGGAUGAGGUCAAGUGUGCCCGUGACAAGGACAAGACACAUGACAAGAGUGACAACCAGAAAGGUGCUAAUGGUAACAGCGCCCCAGCAGCAGCUGUGAGUGGCAAGGUGACGUUCAUCACAGCGGUGGCCAAGAAGAAGGACGACACCAGCAAGGAGAAGGGGGAAGUGAUGGAGAGUAACAUUGAUGCCAUGGAGUAUUCAUCAGAAGAAGAAGAGGAAGAUCUGGACACAACCAUGUCCAACAUGGCCAGGAAGAGAAAGGAGCUAACAGUUGUGGAUCAUGCCCGUAUUUACUAUCCUUCCUACAGGAAGAACUUCUACGUGGAAGUGCCAGAGAUCGCCAAGCUGACCCAAGAGGAGGUUGAUCAGAUGCGAGAAGACAUGGAGGGGAUCAAGGUGAGAGGCAAGAACUGCCCCAAACCUGUUCGAAGCUGGGCUCAGUGUGGAGUCAGCAAGAAGAUCAUGGAUGUCCUCAAGAAACAUCUAUAUGAGAGGCCAACACCUAUUCAGGCCCAGGCAAUCCCAGCUGUGAUGUCAGGUCGGGAUCUCAUAGGUAUUGCCAAGACUGGCAGCGGUAAAACCCUCGCCUUCCUCCUCCCAAUGUUCAGACAUGUGCUGGAUCAAGCAGAACUAGAAGACGAAGAUGGUCCCAUAGCUGUGGUGAUGACGCCCACCCGUGAGCUGGCACUACAGAUCUCAUCGGAAUGUAAGAAAUUCUCCAGAACCAUGGGACUGAGGUGCGUGUGCGUGUAUGGCGGAACGGGAAUAUCGGAACAGAUCGCGGAGUUGAAAAGAGGCUGCGAGAUGAUCGUUUGCACACCAGGGAGAAUGAUUGACAUGUUGGCUGCCAAUAAUGGCCGUGUUACCAACCUGCGCCGGUGUACGUAUGUAGUUCUAGAUGAGGCAGACAGGAUGUUUGACAUGGGAUUUGAACCUCAGGUGAUGAGAAUAAUGGAUAACAUUCGACCUGAUCGUCAGACUGUGAUGUUUUCUGCCACCUUCCCAAGACAGAUGGAGGCCUUGGCAAGAAGGAUUCUAAACAAGCCAUUAGAAAUUCAGGUCGGAGGUCGGAGUGUUGUGUGCAAAGAAGUUGAACAACAUGUAAUUAUCCUGGAGGAUGACAAGAAGUUCUUAAAGCUGCUGGAGUUACUGGGCAUCUAUCAGGAACACGGCAGUGUCCUGGUGUUUGUGGACAAGCAGGAGAACGCAGAUGAGCUGAUGAAGGAGUUGAUGCGGCACUCCUACCCCUGUCUGUCUCUACACGGUGGCAUCGAUCAGUACGAUAGGGACAGCACUAUCCUGGACUUCAAAAAUGGGAACAUCAAGCUUCUGGUUGCAACGUCCGUGGCGGCACGAGGCCUGGAUGUCAAGCAGCUGAUACUGGUCAUCAACUAUGACGUUCCAAACCACUACGAGGACUACGUGCACAGAUGCGGCCGGACAGGACGAGCAGGAAACAAGGGUUUUGCCUACACUUUCUUUACUCCUGAGCAGGAGAGGUAUGCAGGGGACAUAAUAAAGGCCCUGGACCUGUCCAACUCUCCUGUACCUGCAGAACUGACACAGAUGUGGAAUGACUACAAGGAGAGAGCUAAGGCUGAGGGGCGAACAAUCAAGAGCUCCAGCGGGUUUCGUGGGAAAGGGUUCAAGUUUGAUGAGACCGAGGCCCAGCUGGCUGAUGAGCGGAGGAAGCUGCAGAAGGCAGCACUAGGACUGCAGGACUCAGAUGAUGAGGAUGCCGGCAUGGAUAUUGACCAGAAGAUUGAAGACAUGUUCGCUAGCCGGAAGCGUGUGACAGAUGUGGCCAAGCCCAUAGCCAAUCAGCAGACACAACAACAGCAGAGCAAUCAGCAGAAACUGGAGCUGGCUAAACGAUUGGCUGCUCGUAUCAACAUGCAGCGCAACCUGGGACCUGACGCCCAGGAUAUUACCCAGCAGGCUGCAGCAGCUAUCUUGAAGGGAGAUUCAGUAGCUGCUCCACAAGUUGCUUCCAAGACUAUUGCGGAGCAGAUGGCAGAGAAGAUCCAUGCCAAGAUCGGGUACCGGCCACAGGCGGAGGAGGAGAAGGAACAGGAGUCGGCUGGCGAGACUUUCAAACGCUACGAGGAGGAGCUGGACAUCAACGACUUCCCUCAGACAGCCAGGUGGAAGGUCACAUCCAAGGAAGCACUGGCUCAGAUCUGCGAGUACUCGGAAGCUGGCAUCACGGUGAGAGGAACCUACGUGCCCAAUGACAAGGAUCUGAAAGAAGGAGAGCGCAAGCUGUAUCUGGCUAUCGAGGCCACAAGCGAGCUCGCCAUCUCCAAGGCGAAGAAAGAGAUCACACGUCUCAUCAGGGAGGAACUUGUCAGACUGCAAAAUUGUUAUAUUCCAAAUGCAAACAAGAAUCGCUACAAAGUGCUGUAACAAGGCAGUUGACGACAUCUGCCUUCUUAUUGCUGGCAGCAUGGCUGGCUGGAAGGACACUUUAUGGAGGACAAGUCAAGUCUGUCAUUCUUACCAUGACAGUCGUGGGACAUGAAACCCGUCAGUCUCUGCAGGAUGAUUCAGUGAAGGACCAGUUGACUCCAACUCUUACUUAAAAUAAUUUCAUUAAAAACUUGCACAUUUCAAUUCAAGGGAGCAGUUGUGAAUAGUAGUAGUAUCUUCAUUACAAUACUCCUUACAUUUGUAUUUGUCCCAGCGUCUUUGAGCAUGCAUCCCCGGGUAUCCAGUAUAUUGUCUCCAUUUUGUUACCAAAAAUAACCUGGUGCCAUUCCCCACAUGCUCUGUAUCUCCAGGGCUCUCAGUUCGGUUAACCUACCCUAAGCCUGGAUCCAUUUCCCAUGGUUCUCGCGUUCUCAAAUUACCUGCCCCUGAUCUUCAUUAGCCGAUUUCAUUUGCUACGCUAUGCUAAUUAAAAUGCGAGUUACAAACCAACAUUUUUGGGGUUGGUGAUAUAAACAACAUGGCGGCCAGUCUCAUUGAUUACGAUAGAGUUUGUGAGAAAUUCAACAAUGAAAACGUGAUUGAACAGAAAGAACUCAUCUUUCUGACGGAAAGGAUGUCUUCAUGUCCACCUCCCUUACCCUUUUCCUUUUUCCUUAUCUCAAUGUUUGAUUGGUCGGUUAAAUGUUGAUGAAAAUCAAGGGAUGGUAAUUUAAGAUUGCUAGGACCACGGGAAUGGAUCCAGGGGUUGGUGCAGGUUUACGAAAUGCUAGCCCAGGAGAUAUAGAGGAAACACUCGCCAUUAUAUGUUUAUUUGGGAACCAAUGUCAGUAUAUCAUCUCUCCAAUCACCAUCUUAGCACAAAAUAGAGUUUUAUCAUUGGACGGCUAUUUUUAACCUUGUACUACUAAUCAGGCUCAAAACAAAGAUGUGAUAGCAAAAGGGUCCAGGGUCCCGUUCCACAAAGCGAUCGUAGCGCUAAGACUGCCAUAGGUCUCUUUUAAAGUAUGGUUGUUACGAUCGUCUUAGCGCUGCGAGCUUUGUGGAAUGGGGCCCUGGGUAUUUAUCGUAAUAGAUUGGCUAGAUAAUACACUGGAUGAUGGAGGAUGUUGAGCUUGCAGAGUUGUCUUCUCUUUCUUCUUCAAUAGUGAUGAGGUUAUGGUGACGUUGCAAUGCCAGGAUUGCAUUGAUGUGUCUAAUAAUGUAAUGCUGGUUCAUCAUUUGGUUAGGAGUUCAGAUUUGCUCAGUUUGUCUUCAUUUCAUUGUAAGUAUACUGUUGGUAUUCAUGAAGAUCUAACAAGUCUUUAGAAUUGUCAGACUUUGGUUUUAUUCAGGCAGCAAGGCUUUGAUAUUUUAAAACUUCUGAGCUAUCUUUUACAAUGUAUUUAGACAAGAUUAUGAAUAUAAAACUCAUGGAUUUUACUCUGCUCAUGAGAAUGGGAAAUUUUAUUUCAUGAACCCGUGAACAGGACACUGUACAUAUUGUAAUAAAUAAAUGUACAUGUAUGAUAAA